UUGAUUUUUUCCCGAAUUUUUGAAACAAACCCAGAGAUCUAAACUGGGAGAUUUUCGGCCUUGAAGAAGUAAUCAUCAAAUCAUGGAAGUUGAAUCAUUGAGAAACAAGAUUGAUAAAUCAUCAGUGGAAACCCCGCCACGCAGUUCGGACGCCGCCAUAGUCGUCAGGAACCGGCGAAAAUGGAGAAACGUCUGUUUCGCAGUCAUCGGCGUUUUGGUUUUCAUCGUAGUCUUGAUCGUCAUCUUGGCCUUCACCGUCUUCAAAGCCAAACGCCCCGUCACCACCAUCGACGACGUCUCCCUCCGCGACCUCAAAGUCUCCGUCGAUCUGGCUAGAUUCCAGGUGCUGCUGAACGCCACCCUCGACGUCGAUAUCUCGAUCAAGAACCCUAACAAAGUGGGAUUCAAAUUCAAAGACUCCAACGCCCAAUUGAAUUACAGAGGCCAACAGGUCGGGGAGGUCCCAAUCCCCGCAGGUAAGAUCUCUGCAGACAAAACCGUCCCCAUGAACUUAACUCUAACAGUAAUGGCGGACCGAUUGAUCUCCGACUCGAAAUUCUUCUCCGAUGUGACGAGUGGCGAGUUGCCACUUAGCACGAAGACUGAGAUCCCAGGCAAGGUUAGCGUGUUGAAUAUGUUUAGGAUCAGUGUUGUUUCAUCUUCUUCAUGCGAUUUUACCGUCUUUAUAUCAAAUUCGAGUGUCGGGGACCAAAACUGCAAGUAUAAGACAAAAUUUUAAUAUUUAAUUUCUCUU